AUAAACACGUGGUUUUGUUAUGAUAGACGGCAGGAUGACCUGAAGGUACACUGUAUCCAGUUACCAGGUGUAUCUACUAGCAUAUCGGGUGUCAUCAGCUAGAUUCUAUGUCUGCAGAUACGUGAAGGUCAGAUAACAUUAGAAAUAACAUAGAAUCGAGAGAAAAUGUCGUUUGUCGUGAGGAAAGGGUUGACAUUUUUAGCUCGCAAGAUUCCAAAAUGUGGGAAGGUGACGCCGUCGUGUCCUGAAGUGGGACGUGUGUUCGGACGCUGUUUAUCUGCCUCGGCUGGACAAGUGCUUGAUGUCAGCGGCAUGUACCCUCCAAUAGCCACGCCCUUCAAUGAGGAUGAAACGAUAGCAUACGAUCGGCUGGAAGAAAACAUGCAGCGUUGGAACAAGAUACCAUUCAGAGGUUAUGUGGUACAGGGUUCAAAUGGAGAGUAUGCUUACCUAACCAAAGAGGAGCGCAUAGAAAUGGUCCAAUAUGUGAAGAAGAUGGCCAACCCAGACAAGCUGAUCAUCGCUGGUUCAGGCUGUGAAUCAACACGAGACACAAUAGAGAUGACCAAUAAAAUGGCAGAAGCAGGUGCCCAGGUGGCGCUAGUUGUCACCCCCUGUUACUACAAAGGUGCCAUGAAUAACGCUGCACUCAUACAACACUACCGCAAGGUGGCAGACAAUAGUUCCAUACCAGUGUUGUUGUACAGUGUCCCAGCGAAUACCAACAUCACCAUCCCACCAGCUGUGGUUGUGGAGCUUUCCAAACAUCCCAACAUCAUAGGUCUGAAGGACAGCGGUGGUGAUGUAACUUCCAUUGGACUACUGGCCUACAAAACCAAGGAUGCUGACUUCCAGAUUCUGGCAGGGUCUGCUGGAUUCCUAUUGUCUGGCUAUGUUGUUGGCUGCGUGGGUGGAGUGUGUGCUCUUGGAAACGUCCUUGGUAAGGAGUUGUGUGACCUUGAAGAAUUGUUCAAAGCUGGGAAAUUGGAAGAAGCGAAACACCUCCAGCAUAGACUUAUAGCACCAAACACUGCAGUAACCAAGCAGUUUGGAAUUCCAGGGUUGAAGACUGCUAUGGAGAUGAUGGGUUACUAUGGAGGUCCGACUCGGUCUCCUUUACAACCAUUGCCAGCAGACGACAAAGAAGCGAUCCGCCAAAUUUUGUCUUCCACCGGAUUUCUGCCUUGAGAUCACUUCUACACAUAUUAUAUAAAAUCAAAAAUUCCAAGACUGAAGAUAAAAUAAUUUUGUUUUUGCUUGAAAUCCUGCUGUGAUGUAUUCUGAAUGCUGUUUCAUUAAUUACACUACAUAUAUAUAUGAACUUGUAUAACCAGUAUCCAAAACAGGUUUACAAAAAUGUUUACCAUGUAUAAUUCUGUGAUGGAUCAGAUUUCUGGAGGAUUAUGGGUACAUAGUGUCAGAAUUCAAGGUCUUAGAUUAAAUGAGAUGAUGGGGCUCGAUUAUUUUGAUGGAAUUGCCUCUUUUCUUUCUCAAAUGACAAAUUGUUCAGAAAGUCAUGGGACCUUUAUUAAAACUUAAAAAAAAGUAACUCAGUUGAUCUUAAUAUCAUGAUAAGGUAAAGUUGAAACACUUCUACCUCUAUUCAUUUCUGUAUAAAUAAGUACUUUUCUGAUUUAGAAUUCAUUUUUUUUUCAUUGUGCCUAGUAUUUCGAAGAAUUGGCAUGGACUGUUCUUUCAAACCACUGUAUAACAAGAUCGACUAUCAUUACUUUUUAACAUGAAAGUUGAACUUUCAGUUUUGCACAUCAGAAUUAUCUUGCCUUUAUAGAAAUAUGAAAACAACUUUCUGAAGAGUAAAAGAUCCGACACUUAUCUAAAUAAGAGGUCUUAAAAUAUUAAGUAUAAUAUUCUUCAAAGACAGCAUUUGAGAAUAGUAGAAUCUUUAUCCUCCUUUGGAGUUGAGAUUGGCCUACAGGGAUCUAAACCUGAAGGAGAAGAUCCUUCAGUUGACCAAAGUGUUUGGCAGGUUGAGAAUCUUAAAUUACCAAAGAUCUUUUACAUGUACCUAUUUACUGUUGUGAUGUCAUACAUGUGUAUGAAAAUGUGUGGAUACACCUGUCCAGGGUAAGAAAAUGGUAAUUCUCUUAUCAGAUCUGGAAUUCAGACAUUAUUGUUGUUGUUAAUUUUUAUAACUUUUCAAUGCAUGUAUUUAUAAGGUGUAAGCCGCAUAUUUUAUAAUAUUUAAUUAGAUAUUGAUUAUCUCCCCUGAUGGAAUAUAAGCCAAUACGUUUAUUGUCUAUAUCCCAGAUUAAUAUUAAAUGUUACUUGAUUGUCUUAUG